AUGUCUCAUUCCGGUUUGCGAAAUGUUCGCCGGGAUGUGGUUCCCGCCCAUCGAUUACCAUUCUUGGUCCCGAGCACCCCUCUAGCCACAAGCAUGCCGACCAUCGUGGCGAGAGCUCCCGAGGCAUCGGAAUCCACCACCAAUGGUGCCAAGCCCACCAGCAAUAUGACCACAACGGUCUUGCCCGUCGUGCUCGGUGCGGGUGUGCCCAUUCUCUGUGCCAUCGUCGUGCUCAUCGUGCUGCACCGGAGACACGUCAAGAAGCUCCUCCGGGAGGAUGCCAUGGAUAAACACAAAUCGCUCGACUUCGGCAUGGACACAGUCGGUCCGGCCACGAGGAGGAAAGGUGGUCCACAGGGAGGAAUGCCCCCGAUGUCCGAACCCGGUCACACCAAGGGAUUGUCUCUUGACGUCAGCCCGUAUCUCAUGCCGCCCGGCCUGGUUGGCUCCCGCGAUUCCCUUCACUCCAUGUCCAUCGACGAUGACAAGUACCGCCCUGCCACCGCCAAUGGCUCCGUUCGUUCGUUCCCCAGACACCGCGACGAUGCGUCAAGCCUUGCAGGCUCUCGCUUCGGAGGCGCAGAAGAACCCAACUCGGGUCUUCUCAAGAAUGCCCAGCGUAUGUCCCGAUCAUCACCACCCUUGUACACUUCUCCCACCGAGUCUCAUCCGCGCAGCCCUCUGGCUCAGCGAAGUGAUUCUCAGCCAAUGCAUGGCUUGACUCCCCCGCCCCCUGUCGCACAACAACCUGGCAUGGCAAUUGGAAGCCCCAGUGUCGACAGGAGCUACUCCCCGGAAUCUCUGCCCCAUGUGGAUGACACUCCCCUCCACUUCGGUCUGGAUGAGCCACAUAGCGCUCCCCACGAGGAGCGUCCCAAUUUCCCUCUCCCGGAGCCCUCGCAUUCCCCCGACCACGGGGACUCUGCACACGUUCCUCGUAUCUCCCUGCCGGUCAGCGAAGUGACCACGAGUGACUAUGGUGACCGCAAGUCGGACUACAUUCUCCCCAGCGAUGUCCAUGGCUCCGAUGGACAUACUUACCAGCACCCGGAGCUUCCUGAAGAGCCUCACAACCUGGAACCGGUCUAUGAUGACCGCCGUAACACCAAGCGGAUGACCCUCGGGGUGCGCCCUCUGCCCCCAGAGGAUCCCGCUGACAACCCCGAACAGCGUGCCAAUCGAAUCCGCUCCUUCUACAAGGAGUACUUCGAUGAGAGCAAGACCGGUCGCGAGACCACCUACUACGAGGACUUCGGCCCGGAGUUCUAUGAGGGCGGCGGCGCCCUCGGCGGUGGUGGUUUCGUUUACGACCCUGUCACUGGUGAAUAUUACGAUGCCAACGCGCCCCCAGUGCCUGCUCCUUACGCGGAGCCUUACACUCGGCGGGCCAUGACCCCUCCUCCUCGUGCUCCUCCUCGCUUCCAGGGUGCCGCCCGGCACCAGGCCACCAACUCGGCCGGCUUCGGUGGGAUGCCCAGCCCACGAGCCUUCUCCUCUGCCUCCGGGCCCCGGGCCUUCUCCUCCGCCUCCGGUCGCAUGCCGGGAGCUCGCGCCCGCAAGCCUAUGCCUCCUCCCUCGCCGCUCCAGGUGCUCCCCACCCCACACAUGUUGACCGACGAUUCUCUCAUGACCGCCAUGGACUUCGCCCCGGCCAACGGGUUCAAGGAGCGUCGCGAUGGCCGCGCCGAGACCCCCACCGGAGGCAUGCGUCCCUACAGCCCCGCGGUUCGUGCGCACACCCCGCUCGCGUCCGCAUUCGAUGAACUGGCCGUGAUGCCCAGCCCCCACGCGCUGCGCAAGUCGGGCACCUUUACGAACCUAGACUUCGUCCCCCCGCCACGUUUCCGAAAUGAAGGUGGCGGCAGUGACGCGGGCAGUAUCCGCAGUGGUCGCAGUGGGAUGUCGGCCGCGCAUCAGAAUAACAUCCGCAUGGGUAACUACCGCGUGAGUCGUCUGCCGCCCGCGGCGGUCGGCACUCGGGAUGAUAUGAUGGUUAGCCUGAAGCCCAGCUGGGAUAUGGUUAACAAUAAAUAA